AGGGAGGACCUUGAACGCUUCCACACAUUCAUUCAGUAAAGCCAGACAGGACUGCCAGCAGCACGUUAUUAAAAACAGAGGAACGAACUGACUUUAAAAACCGACAUCGUUCUGAUAACUGCAAUAACAACAACACCAUAUAUAUAUAUAUAUAUAUAUAAAUAUCAAUAAAGCAACUCGCGAGUGUUGUUUGGCCGAGCAGUCCCAAGAAUAAAGCUGGGCUUCUACAUUUUUCUUUCAAACAUGAACUUUUUAGCAUUUAGUAACAUUCUGACCUGUGCCAUCUUAUGUCAAAAUAUUGGACGAUACUCAGUAAACGCCGGGAUCUGCUGGCUGCAGCAAGGACGCGAUCAGAAGUGCGCGGUGAUACUGAACACGGAGGUGUCCCACGAGGAGUGCUGCGGGAACGGCAGUUUGGAGACGGCCUGGUCCAACUACACCCUGUCCAUCAACAAGAUCAGCCUCAUGGGCUUCCUGGGGAUGGUCACAUGCAAGCCCUGCAAAGAAACCUGCGACGGUGUGUACUGCGGACCCAGCAAGGUGUGUAGAAUGAAGCAGGGGCGCCCCCACUGCGCAUGCGCCCCGGACUGCUCCCACAUCAACCGCAGGCAGCCUGUGUGCGGCGGAGACGGCAACACUUACCGGGAUGAGUGCGCCCUGCUGCUGGCUCGGUGCAGGGGUCACCCCGACCUGGUUGUCAUGUACCAGGGAGAGUGCAAGAAGUCCUGCUCCCACGUGGUGUGUCCUGGCACCCACACGUGUGUCACGGACCAGACAGAGAGCGCUCACUGCGUGAUGUGCCGCACCGCGCUGUGCCCUGUCCCCAUGGCCGGCGGGCAGUCCAUCUGCGGAAACAACAACAUCACCUACCCCAGCGCCUGCCACCUCCGGAGAGCUACCUGCUUCCAGGGGCGCUCCAUCGGAGUCCGACACUCCGGGCACUGCGCACAUUUGUACAAGCAUGCUGAGGAGAAUUGGGGCAGUCAUGAGAACACGGUGUGAGCCGCUCCGUUUCCAGAGGCUGCAGCAGCAUUUCUACACUCGCAGCCGGAGGGGAAACCCGACAGGAACGAACGCAAGCCAACAGAAGCAGAAGCAACACAAUGUCCAGGUUCACAACUGUACGAAAGGGUUAUAAUUCAGAAGAAAACGUAACUUUCACGCACACACACACACACACACACAAACACACACACACACACACACACACACACACACACACACACACACACAUACACCAAUCAAAAAUGCUGGUAAUCAAAGGGUCAGAACGCUGAUGUGUUCUGGUUCUUUUAUGGAUGCUAUAUCUAUAAUACUUCUUCAUAUUUAAGUUAAAGAGUACUACAGACAUGCUUGGGGUUCUCUCCAGUUUUGAAGAGGGGCAGGGCAGGGGUUCAGCGGGAGGGCACUGUUGUGUGCCCGAUGGGGCGGGGGGUGGGUUGAGGCAUUUCCCAUUUAAAUUACACACUCUUCCCAUCAUACUAGGGAUUUGCGAAAUCAAGUGUUCCACUCCAAACAACACAUGCAGCUGUGCAGGAAAGUGGAGCCCUUUUACUCAUGCCCUUGUGUUCUAGAACAACGGAACUGUGGUGAUAAUGAUCAUUCUAAACAGACAUCCCGCUACUAUAGAUGGGCACUGCUACAGGGGCUUGGGGGUAGGAGUGUAUCUCUGAAUCGCGAUGCUUUCUUUACAUGACACAUAGUAUCGUAAUAGAGGUUUGUAUCUUGAUACAAGAGCAAAAGCACAAUGUAGCUCACCAGGUGGUUCUUGAAUGAAGAAUAAACACGGUUUACAGCUGGUAGGAAUUCAUUCAAGCAGCCCAUCAGGACCCUCACAUUGUGAUUCAUAUGGUAUCGCGACCUGCAUAUCAUGAUUCGCAUCGUAUCGUCACGUCAGUGUAUAGUUACACCCCUGCUUUAAAACUGGAGAGAACAUUACACACUGCAUUACACAAGGGGCAUUAUGUGAAUAUUGUAAAUUAAACACCCCAGAUAUUUAUUGGAGUAAAAGGUAUAAAGAAAAAUAAAAAAGUUUUAUUUAUAUAUUAUAGUUUUUCACGUCAUCUCCUGCUACCUUCAGAGAUGUAUUUAUUAUGAAGUGUUUCAAUAAAGUGUUUUGGAGUUUUUAUGCCUGUAAAGGUCAUGCUGCUUUUAAAGUAGGUCAGCUGGUAUUAAUCAGUGGAUGCUGGGAAUUAGCUGUUGGUUUAUAGAAAGAAAAUAUGUAAUAUUGAGAUAUUUUCAAGUUAUGUAAUAUACAUAUGUUUAAUAUGUAUGCCAUCUAAUUGCAAUGCCUGACAGUAAACUGAAUAGAAAUUCCCUUUUCCUGGUUGCAGCUGCAGCAAUACAUUGCUAUACAUUUUGAAGACAUUGAGAAAGACUUCUAGCUGAAACAUUUGUCAUUGAAGUUUCUUUUAGUAUUUCUAAAUAAUCCCCACUAAACUGAACACUUACAAAAUACUGUCUUAGUGUCUACAACUCUUAUAACAGUUUACCACAGUAA